CAUUUUCAAACAGUUGUUCUUUGUAUCGACAAUGUGAAAACUUAAAAAGUCCGUGAAAUUUUAAUUUAUUUUCACUCAAAUGUGAAUUUGUGAAAAUAGUUUUCCAAUAUUACGUGUUAAAUGUUACUUAGUUUUUAAAUUCAAUUUAAGAAUCGGUAAUAGUUCGCGUUAAUAUGAUAAGAGCCGUUUUUAAUGAUUGCCUAGGCCAAAUUGUUGAAAUUUUAAUCUGAUAACGUUUAACGGUUUUUCUUAAUUAAAAUUCGAAAUUUCGAAUAAAAGUUAAUUCCAACGUUGUUCGUGUAUCGAUAUAAACCAUGGAAGACGAAUUUCAAGCCAUCAAGUCGGGAAUCACCGUCGAUAUCAAAAGGACAGAUGGACGAGUUCACGCUGCUUUGAUAUCAGGCAUUUGCAGAGAAUCUAGAAGCGUUACUGUAGAAUGGUUCGAAGGAAGCGAAACCAAAGGCAAAGAAAUUGAUUUGGAUAGUAUAUUAGCAUUAAAUAGUCAUCUACUACCAGCACAUACUCAAAAUAUUGAAACUAUUCCUAUCAGUUCGAUUCCUAUUAGCAACAAAUUAGCCAGGAAUUCAACAAAAGCCUCUAUUCCGGUCGUUGCAAAUAAAGGAUCAUACAGAUCCAGAGUGCAAAGUCGACCUACGAAUAUUAUGCCACCGGCGUUAAAUAACCAUGUAGAAACCGCAUCCACCGUUCCAGUUACCCCUUCGACUCCAGUCGCAACGAAUCCGCCUAGAAUUACGCAGUCUUUUGUGCAUCCGACUGUUGUGAAACCAAUACAAGAAAUGAAUACGCAAUCUGUUAACGUUACGAAUAAUCAAAUUACUCAAAACAACAAAGGUAACAGAAGAAGUAACGUCGUCAAAGAAGUAGAAAAAUUAAAAAAGAAUCGCGAAGAGCGGCGACAAAGGCAAGCCGAAUUAAAAGAAGAAAAAGAAGCCUUGAUGAAUCUGGAUCCUGGAAAUCCAAACUGGGAGUUCCUUGCCAUGAUAAGAGAAUACCAGUUAAACAUAGACUUUAAACCAUUAAACGAUCACGACGUCGUAGAAGAUCAUCAAAUUACCGUUUGCGUUAGAAAAAGGCCGCUGAACAAGAAAGAAUUGACAAGAAAAGAAGUAGAUGUGAUAUCGGUACCAAGUAAAGAUCAAAUCGUCGUACACGAACCGAAAAAUAAAGUAGAUUUGACUAAAUACCUAGAUAAUCAGCAUUUUAGAUUCGAUUACGCGUUCAACGAACAGUGUACAAAUGAAAUAGUUUAUAAGUAUUCGGCUAAGCCUUUAGUGCAGACAAUUUUCGAAGGCGGUAUGGCUACCUGUUUCGCAUACGGUCAAACCGGCAGUGGUAAAACGCACACUAUGGGCGGUGAUUUUCACGGUAAAACGCAAGAUUGCAAGAAAGGCAUUUACGCGAUGGUCGCCAAAGACGUAUUCAAGUUGUUAAAGUCGCCUAAGUACAAAUCGUUGAAUUUGGCCGUGUCUGCGAGUUUUUUUGAGAUAUACAGUGGUAAGGUUUUCGAUUUAUUAGCGGAUAAGGCGAAAUUAAGGGUACUAGAAGAUGGUAAACAACAAGUGCAAGUUGUCGGUCUCACGGAAACUAUCGUUGAAAAUGUCGAAGAUGUUUUUAAAAUAAUUCAACGCGGUAACUCAACAAGAACGUCUGGUCAAACUUCAGCCAACAGUAACUCAUCUCGGUCUCAUGCUGUGUUUCAAAUCAUACUUCAUAAUGCAGUAGCGAAUAAAGUACACGGUAAAUUCUCCUUGAUAGAUUUAGCAGGAAAUGAACGAGGCGCUGAUACGCAAUCUUCCAAUAGGCAAACGAGAAUGGAAGGCGCUGAAAUAAAUAAAAGUUUAUUAGCUCUGAAAGAAUGUAUUAGAGCGCUCGGUAGAAAAGGAUCGCAUUUGCCAUUUAGAGCCAGUAAAUUAACCCAAGUUUUAAGGGAUUCUUUCAUCGGGGAUAAAUCUAAAACGUGUAUGAUAGCAAUGAUAAGUCCUGGAAUGUCUUCCUGUGAACAUUCAUUGAACACGUUGAGAUACGCUGAUAGAGUUAAAGAAUUAGCGGCCACCGAUCUGACGUCCGAAAACAAGGGUCAAUCAUCACCUACGUCCAAUAGUCAUUCGUUGCAUCGUCACCAAAACGGUAGCAGUUCAAUCAAUGAUAGUGAUUUAGCAGCUCUGCGUUCUCUAAAUGAAAAUGAGAUAUCAGCCGAGUUAUAUACAUUCCACGAAGCUGUCUCGCAGCUACAAGAAAUCGAGGACGAAGUCUUAGAUACACAUAAGACUUACAUAGAUUUACAGAACAACUGGCUGCAACGCAGUUCUGAAAUAUUGAAACGAACCAAAGAAGUUGAUUUUGAUCAAGACGCUUAUUCCAAAGAUCUAAAAGAUCUUAUAAUCGAAAUGUCGGAGACGUGUAGUAAAUUUGGACACAAACUAGACUCUUAUCGCGCACAGUUGAUUGCCGAAGAGAAACUCAGUCAGGCGAUGAAAGGCCCUUCUCACAGAUAUAAUUAAGACGCCUAUAUACGAACAGAAUAGUGUUGAGAAAUUUGGAAUGAAUAUUUCAUGUGAAAACUAUGCGCACAUUUUUAAUUUUGAAAGAUGUUGUGGCGGUUAGAGAAGUGUGAAAAUUACCUAUAUGAACUGAACAAAAAAAAUUGUUUUCAUGUAACGUUGAAAUUUCAUCUACGAUUUGAUUGUUUUUUUUUUUAAUAACGCAUUUUUUCCUUGAUUUUGUAUACAACUGUUUUUUUUCUCGAUUUAUUCAAAUUUUCGGCUUAAUUUAUGCACACAAUUAUUACUUUCAACGUUAUCGCGCAUUUAAGUCUAUUAAUUGCCUUGUUUUUAUCGGGUAGAUUUUUGAAAUAUUACUUGUAAUUUUUUUUUCCCUCCUCGUUUUAAUGUACCUUAAAUCUGUUAUUAACCAUUUGGAUUUUAACCACUCAUGAACUGGUGCAAUUGAAAAGCUAAUUUAUUAUAUUAAAGUUUUAAGCUAUGCUUGUUGUGAUUUCAAAAUACAUUGUUUGUAAUUCUUUUAUUUUUUUUUCUUCUUUUUUUUUCUUUUUGUAUGGUCCCGUGUUAUGAUAUAAUGAUUGUUUUUGUAUACUCGUUUUAUUUUGUAGUGAGCGUACGCCUUAAGGGAGAAACUACUUAAGAAAAACACACCUUAAAAAAACGCAUUUUUUUUAACAGUCUUAUAGCGUAUAUAAUUUUAAAAUGAUACACGUAAAAAGGCUUUCUCGUCUUUUGUUUUUUUUUUAAUUUCUCAUCAUCCUGUAAAAAUAAGACUGAUUAUAUAAUUUUUUUUUAAAUAUCUAAAAUCGCUUAAUUUUCAUUUUGUUUUUUAAUAAUUCGAUAAUUGUACCAGUUACUUUACACGGUGAUGCGGUGUUGUAAGAUUGUAUGAAAUGACAAUUGGCAACUAAAAAAGAGAAAAAGAGCAUGUACCAACGUUUUUACAUAUUGCAAAAGUACAUACAUAUAAAUACCUACCUGCGCAUUUUGAUAAUUAUUAAAAUUUUACUGUGCUAACGUUACUCAUACAUACUGUUGCUGAUAAUGAUCGUGUUAUUUUUAUCCUAUACCUACUUUUUAUAUUUAUGAGUUAAAUUUUGUUUAAUUAAAUUGCUUGUAAUUGCGAUUAUGGUAAACAUAAAAAAAUUGUACAUGUAUAACUAUUAACCGGAUAUAGUGAUAUUAAUAAACAAUAAAGAUCGUUUUGUAUUUCGUU